AGCUACCCUACCUUACCUUGUAUCUUCAAUUCGCUCUGCGUCGUGCUCUGUCGUGUACUUUCACCCGGGACGACUGAAUUAAGGUCACUAAAUAUGUACCUCAAGCACUACCUUGCAGCGCUUCUUUUUGUGCGAGUUUCUCUCGGCCAGGAUUGUUCUACUUCGCAGCCCGAUCCCUUCCAAAUCUUCACCAUCACGGCCAACAACAUCACGGCCAAGUUUAUUCCCUAUGGAGCUCGCUUGAUUUCUCUGCUUGUCCCUGAUAGGGAUGGUAAUAUGCAAGAUGUCGUCGUUGGCUAUGAUGACCCACGUCAAUAUCUUAACGACACAGAGUCCAGCCAUACCUAUUUCGGGGCGGUCAUUGGCCGAGUUGCCAAUCGCAUCAAGAAUGGCACUUUCACCCUGGAUGGAACCGAAUAUCAUAUUCCAAAGAAUCAAAAGGGCUUGUACACUCUACACGGGGGAGAAACUGCCUAUGAUCAGCGAAACUGGACUGUGUCUGCAUUCACAUCUUCCUCUGUCACCUUCACGCUCUACGACGCUGCAACGGAAGGCUUCCCAGGCGAUGUCGUUACUCACGCUAUAUUCAGCGUCAACUCCAAGCGCAAUGCAGAGAAUCUUGAGGGUCUUCCGCAGCUGUCGACCAAAUUGGUUUCUAUGGCCCUCACUGAGCCCACUCCAAUCAUGCUUUCCAACCACAUCUACUGGAACCUGAAUGGCUUUAAGCGACAGACCAUCCUCAACGACACAUGGUUGCAAUUGCCUUUGUCCGAGCGUUUCAUCGCCACAGACAGGCUUCAAGUUCCUGAUGGCAGCAUCUCGAUGGUUGCUGGGACGAACCAUAGCGCAAUGGACUUUACCGCCGGCAAGAUGAUUGGCCAAGACAUACAAGACACGGAAGGGCUUUGUGGUCCCGGCUGUGUCGGCUACGAUAACUGUUUUAUUAUUGACCGCGACCCGUUGUACUCUGCUGCCUCCGAUAGCCUUGUUCCAUCUCUCAGACUGAACUCUAGCGCCACGGGGAUUAGCAUGGAGGUUGCUACGAACCAACCCGCAGUCCAGUUCUUCACUUGUCUGAACAUGGACGGAACAAUUCCCGUGAAGGCUUCUCAAGUUGAGCGAAACACCAAACAGAAGGAUGCGGCUGAAUUCGUUGAGAAAUACGGGUGCCUCGCCAUUGAACCGGAAGGCUGGAUUGAUGGGGUCAACAACCAACAAUGGGGUCAGAAAUCUAACCUGAUCUAUACUCCUGAGGGCCGGCCUGCCAUGAAUCUAGCCAAAUACACCUUCGGAACUGUUUGAUCCCUUCCUCUGAGAGAUGCUUGUUGUCCAUUAUGGCAAGAUUUAAUAUAGUUUCGAAAAGGCAUACAAGAAUGCGUGUUUCGCGCCAAUACGAAGAUUGCCAACGCCUGGUUCGCCACCUAAUUGAGCUAUAGGCCUAAUAUUGAAUCUUUAAGUCUGCAGCGUUCUCCAUUCCUAAUUAUUUAAGCGAGCCCAGGAUAGGAAAGCCUUUUCGGGAGAUUAUAGUAGUCGCCCGCGAAGUGAUACACUUCUUAUUUUUGUGCCCCUCUUAAGCUAUACCCUGCUAUUUCCUUCCCGUAUUCGUGAUCGUACGACGCCGGCGCUUUGGAUGGUCGGUUCGAGGCUGCC